AUGUCACGGCCCAUCCUCUCCACACACGUUCUGGACACGUCCACCGGGACGCCCGCAGGGGGACUCUUUGUAGAAUUACUCAAGAAGAGAGACGAUACGUGGACGCUAUGGCAUAACACAGUGACAACAUGCGACGGGAGGAUACAGUUUCCGUUCUCGAAGGAGUCCAUGGCGCCAGGGACUUACAAGUUGAAGUUUAAUAUCGAAGACUAUUACAAAAAGUCUGGCAAAACUACGUUAUAUCCUUAUGUUGAGAUAGUGUUCAACACGACAGAGGGGGCACACUACCACAUCCCGCUAUUGCUCAGUCCUUACGGCUACACCACUUACAGGGGAAGCUGA